UACACCAUCCAAAGCCAAAACCCCAAAAACCAAAACCAAACUCCAAAAACCCAAAACUCUUUCCAGCACAAAUUGCUGAAAAAAUCAUAAAAAGAUUCAAUCUUUAGUGUCCAUACUCACUUGGGUACCUCACAAUCCUCCCAAACCCUGAAAUGAUUUGAUCCAGAAGGAGAAAAAGCAAAUGGGUUUACUCUCAAAACCCUUCAUUUACUUCCUCUACUUGCUUCUGUUCUCCAAUCUUGAGCUCAUCAUCCCAGUUGCUGAAUCUGCCACUGAUGUGACCUCCUUGGUCUACAAGGGUUGUGCAAAGCAGACCUUUUCAGAUCCAACUGGGGUUUACUCCCAAUCCCUCUCAGCUCUUUUUGGGUCUCUGGUUCAACAAUCCACCAAGUCCAAGUUUUUCAAGACCAACUCAGGCAGUGGCCAAACCACCAUCUCUGGUCUCUUUCAAUGCAGAAGUGACCUCAGCAACUCUGAUUGCUACAGCUGUGUGAGUAAACUGCCCCAAAUGGCUGACAGUCUCUGUGGCAAAACCAUUGCUGCUAGAGUUCAGCUGAUUGGGUGCUACAUGCUCUAUGAGGUUUCUGGGUUUGCUCAAAUUUCAGGGAUGGAAAUGUUGUACAAGACUUGUGGUGGGACAAACAUUGCAGGGUCUGGGUUUGAAGAGAGAAGGGACACUGCUUUCACUGUUUUGGAGAAUGGUGUGGUUAGUGGUCAUGGGUUUUAUACCACAAAUUACCAACAAGUCUAUGUCUUGGGUCAGUGUCAAGGAGAUGUGGGUGACUCAGAUUGUGGUGAGUGUAUGAAGAGUGCUGUGCAGAGAGCUCAAGUUGAAUGUGGGAAUUCCAUUUCAGGGCAAAUCUAUCUCCAUAAGUGCUUUGUGAGUUACAGUUACUAUCCAAAUGGGGUCCCCAGAAGGUCAUCUUCAUCUCAGUCAUCAACAUCAUCUUCUUCAUCUUCAUCAGGGUCAAAUACAGGGAAGACAGUGGCUAUUAUUUUAGGAGGAGCAGCUGGAGUUGGAUUCCUAGUCAUAUUCUUGUUGUUUGCCAGAAAUUUGAUGAAGAAGCAUGAUGAUUAUUGAUAGGAGAAGAUGGGUUCUCACCUCUCAAAGAGACGAGCUUCUUUAAAGGUGGAUACUUGUAGCAAUUCUUUUCCUUUUCUUUUUCCUUCAUUUAGAGGAGAGAAUAUGGGUAUUUGUGGGCAAAUGGGGUAAAUUUUAGUAUGAUCCUUUUGUUGGAAAAAGAAGCAAUCUCUUCCUUUUUUUUUCCACAGAGGUAAAAUAUGAUGUGGGAGAAUGAAUCAUGGAUGUUUGUCAUUUUGGAUGGAAAUCUGGAUUGGAAAAAGAAAAGAAAAAUAGUGGGAGGGGAUGGAGCAACAGAUUUUGGCCUCUUAUUACUUUAUUCUUGAUGGGCCAUGUGGGAGUGUUUGUCUCUUUUCUCAAUUUCUGCACAGACCAAUGCUUCUCCUAUUUCUUCACAACUUUUAUGCUUUUGAGAAAGUUUGCAACUUGCAUUGCGCUCUCUUUCUCAUUGUUUACAGAAUACAGAGUACCUCAGACUGUCUUUAAACUUUA